AUGAGCGACAGUUACUACACGGGCACGUUUGACACGACGACGAUCAUUGUCACCAUCACCUCGGCGCUGUCCUUAUACAAUGCACUGGAGCUGAUCCUGCUGAUCUUCACGACAUUUGCCGUGUAUCGUGGCCUCUAUUUCUGGUCGCUGCUGGUGGCGACCACGGGGUUGAUUCCUUACGUCGUCGGGCUCAUCUUGCUCUACUUCCAAUUGACCGCUAGUGUCGCUGGUCUGGUCAUCAACAAUUAUGGCUGGUGGACGGCCAUCACAGGCCAGAGCGUGGUGCUCUACUCGCGACUGGGAAUCGUACUUGGAAAAGGCAACGACCGCAUCCUGAAGUACGUCAAGUGGAUGAUCAUCGUUGACGCCAUUUGCUUCCACACGACAACAACUGUGGUCGUGUUCGGGUCGUACUAUGCAUCACCACCGGCCCGGGCCCCCUUCUCUCGCGCCUACACGUACGUGGAGAAGAUCCAGAUGACGGGCUUCUGCAUCCAAGAGUUCAUCAUCUCCGGCCUGUACCUCUGGAAGACGAUGGAUAUCGUCAAGGCCCAGCAAGCACCGGGCGCAGCCUCUUCUUCAAUAAACACAUCCGAGCAGAAGAAAAAGAGACGGGUGCACCGCGUAAUGUGGCAGCUGUUCAUCAUCAACAUCGUCAUAAUCUUUCUGGACAUCGCCCUGCUGGUCAUCGAGUAUAGGAACCUGCACAUUCCCGAGGUCGCGUUCAAGGGAUUCUGCUACUCGGUCAAGUUGAAACUCGAAUUCGCCGUUCUCAGCAAACUGGUAGAGGUGGCGGGCGUCAAGAACCCGAGGACCCUGGGCAGCCUCACCAGCAAUACCUUCGAUCUCACUUCCCACGACAGGGCCGAUAGCCUUCCGAUCAUGAACGGCAACGCGGACUUAGCCCUUGACUCAGAUCCCAGAUCGACACACUCGACGCUGGCGCGCUUGUCUGGAACAGAACAAAGUGCAUCGCCACCGGAGUGGGCGGACGCGCUCAAGCAGAGCUCCCCCCGGCACAUUGACGACGUGGAGAAGGACGCUGAGAAGGGUCGCCAACAGAGCUUGUCGACAUUCGACGCCAUCGAGCGCGGACCGAGCAAUAUCUCCACUCUUGUCCCUGGCAAUGUGUCCGAAUAUCCCCAUCGUCGGCACCCGCGGAGAGACUCUGAUCUCCUCUACGCGGAUGCCCUCCGAGAACUGGCACGAAAAGGCCGAGCUGGAUAG